UCUGCUACGUCCGUGCUGUCUGCAACACGUGCACGCACGUGGUCAACGUCAGCUGUUCGUCAGGUGAGAAAUUGGCGGGAAACCGGCGAGCCAGCUGCACGACGCGUUGUCAUGGCGUCGUCGAAGUCCCAUGGCGGGAAUCCAGAGCAGGUAUCUGCUUCGAUAUUGUUUUGGUCGCACGCAGAUUCAUCUUGCGGCUGUUCGCUUUCCCUCCACCAUCACGAUGACGACACGAGUCGCCGCGGCCGCGCGGCUCGCCUACCUCGAGGUGCCCGCGGGACCCGCAGGAUUACGCCGUUCGUCCAGGAAUCUGCCGCAGCAUCUGAAGGAGAAGUUGGAGGCACCAAAGUCUGAGAGAGAGCCCAACGUAGAAACUCUGCCUCCAAUCGUUUUCAAGAAGCGCAUUCGGUACACCAGUGACUUCUUUGAGUGUGCCCAAAUCUGUGAUAAUCUCAUACAAGAAGUGACGCACAGCCAGAAGGAGUUCGUGCCGGUGGGUUUCGAUCUGGAGUGGCCUUUCAACUUUCAGACUGGCAGUGGCAAGACAGCACUGGCACAAAUUUGCCUGGAGGAGAGCGUGUGUUAUCUCCUGCACAUUUACUCGCUGAAGAAGCUCCCGGCAGCUUUCGUUCAAUUCCUGAGUCACCCAAAAGUCAAACUCAUCGGUGUCAACAUCAAGAACGAUGUGUGGAAACUCGGGAGAGACUUUCAGGAGUUCCCUGCUCGGAAAGUGGUAGAGAACAACUGCUGGGACUGCGGGACGUAUGCUAAUCGAGUCUUGAAGCGAUCCUGUCGCUGGAGUUUAGCAAAAUUAACCGGUUACUUGCUGAGGAAGAAGAUCAGCAAGAAUCCCGAAGUGCGAAUGAGCAAGUGGCACGUGCAGCCCCUCAGCGACGCCCAGAAGACUUACGCAGCCACAGAUGCUUAUGUAUCCCUUCUGCUUCAUACGACGCUUGCCGACCUAGAUAAGACCCAGAGCCAGAAUGAGAAUUCGAUAAACUCGCUCUAACGAAACUCUAACCGAGUUCUCGUCCGCAAAGUUCAUUUAAUCUACGCUGCAA